GCGUCACUUUCAUUACGCAAAUCCGCCAUUUUGUAUGUAGCUGGCGGUGCUUCACGGUAUACUUUCUCGGUUCAGUGAUUAUAUCCACGAAAAACUGGGAAACUUUGUUCAAUUUGACUUUGUAAACUGACUGUGAAUAUAACUAACAAUUUUGUGAAGUUACAUAGCUUCAACUUCUUGUGCUUUCGUGAUUUGUGUGUGCCCUAUAAUUGGAGCGCGUGGCUGGUGACUCUUUGUUGUUGGAAUCGGCUUAUUUACGGUUGUUAAGUGUGGACUGCCAGAUCACCUAGCUAACUACUUUAUACUAUAAAAGUGCAGUGAAAGCAUUCAAACGCAGUGAUCAGUGAAGUUGCUAUAAGCAACGCCGCUACCUUCGUGCCGUGUGUCCAUACAGUGUGGUGUGCGUGUGUGCGUGCCGGCUGCCUAGUGCCAGUGACAGUGCCAGUGUGUGUGUGUGCGUGCGAGCGUCCGAAGUGGCGCCGACGCAGGCGUCAAGUCAAUGCCGGUGUGCCGAUGGAGCGGUGAUCGCGGACUGACUACAUCACAAGAGCAGCGCUGGUGACGCGCUGCGUAGCGGUGAUUAAAGCGGCUCUGCCGCUUUAAAUGGACAAACGCAAGAUGCUGCCAAAGAGAGCGCGUAUGGAUAGCAUGCGGGGUCCCAUCGCCAACGGACCCUUGCAGUCAAGGCCCCUAGUGGCGUUAUUAGACGGACGCGACUGUACAGUCGAGAUGCCGAUACUAAAAGACGUGGCGACAGUCGCGUUCUGCGAUGCACAGUCAACCUCGGAGAUACACGAGAAGGUGCUCAACGAGGCUGUGGGUGCCCUCAUGUGGCACACCAUUAUACUGACCAAGGAGGACCUGGAGAAGUUCAAGGCGUUACGGAUCAUCGUCCGUAUCGGGUCCGGAGUUGAUAAUAUUGAUGUUAAAGCGGCUGGGGAAUUAGGCAUAGCGGUAUGUAAUGUGCCGGGCUACGGCGUGGAGGAGGUAGCGGACACGACCAUGUGUCUCAUACUCAACCUGUACCGGCGGACGUACUGGCUCGCCAACAUGGUGCGGGAAGGGAAAAAAUUCACAGGUCCGGAGCAAGUCCGCGAGGCGGCGACGGGCUGCGCGCGCAUCCGCGGCGACACGCUGGGCAUCGUGGGGCUCGGCCGCAUCGGCUCCGCCGUGGCGCUGCGGGCCAAGGCCUUCGGCUUCAACGUCAUCUUCUACGACCCCUACCUGCCCGACGGCAUCGAGAAGUCGCUCGGCCUCACCAGGGUCUACACGCUUCAGGACCUAUUAUUCCAGAGUGAUUGUGUAUCAUUGCACUGCAGCUUAAACGAACACAAUCACCAUCUCAUCAACGAGUUCACUAUCAAACAGAUGCGCCCAGGCGCGUUCCUGGUGAACACGGCGCGCGGCGGGCUGGUGGACGACGAGGGGCUGGCGGCCGCGCUCAAGCAGGGCCGCAUCCGCGCCGCCGCGCUCGACGUGCACGAGAACGAGCCCUUCAACGUGUUCCAGGGUCCGCUGAAGGACGCGCCGAACGUGCUGUGUACGCCGCACGCGGCGUUCUACUCCGACGCGUCCGCGCAGGAGCUGCGCGAGAUGGCCGCGUCCGAGAUACGACGUGCCAUCGUCGGCCGCAUCCCCGACUGUCUGCGCAACUGUGUCAACAAGGACUACUUCCUGGGCGGCGGCGCCCUGCCCGGCGUGCUGGGCGGCGCGGGGCUGGCGGCGCCGGCGGCGGGCGCGGGCUACGCGGACGGCAUGAACGGCGGCUACUACACCGCGCAGGCCGCGCACUCCACCACCGUGCACGAGCCCGCGCCCGCGCCCGCGCCGCUGCACGCGCCGCACCCGCCGCUCGCGCCGCACACGCCGCAGCCGCCCAUCUCCCUGGUCAGUGCCGUGCCAAUCAACACGUCGGACCCGGCCAACCACCAGUUGAACAAGCAGGAGAGCUCCGACGUCCACUAGGCGACACGAUGCGCUACGUUACAGUACCGUGAUCACGCCGACCGACUAAACAAACAUACAAACAAACAAUAGUUUUAUUGAUUCCAUCGCAAUUAUGUCAUAAGUACCUAUGUCGUAAGCCAACGAGUGAUAUAAUAUUGUAGUCGCGGCGUUUGCAUAGAGGCGACACAACGCUUUAUUAUAUUAAAUAGUAAAUUAGUGAGUCUUAGUGCGUCCGUACGAUCCGCGGCGAGUGAGUCUGUUCGUCCUGUUGCAAUCUGUUAUAGUCAAAUAUGUUCCUGUCACGGAGGGCACAAGUGGAAUGCUAAUAGCUGACCCUGAUACACAUUCACAAGGAAUACACAGUGACAAAACUUCACUAAUUAACUAAACUAGAUUCUAAGGAAAACUAUGGCACUCCAUUUGUUUUUAACUUCGUGGUUUCAUAGUCGAUUUCAUGUUACUGACAAUAAGGCGAAGAAAGCAAAAGAUUUCGACACAUUCGACUAUUUGAAUAAGAAGCACUGGUGAUAAGCGCUGAACAUGUUUUAUAUACGUCUGGUAAAUGAGACAAAUAAUAUAGUUAGUGCAUACGGCUUGCAGAGAUGUUGCGUGUGAUUGUACACAGUUUUAUUUCAGUGUGAUUAUGAGAUUCCUUGUGAACGCGCGUCUCGAUGCAAACGUCGCGCGAUAUGAGCGAAUACUUGAUUCUGUGUUUGUAUUUGGUAAGUUGGGACAGCUAUAUAUAGAUACUGUUAUGGUAAAAUGCGUGUUUUGAUCGCGGGCCGAAGCGUGUAUGUGCAGUGUUCUUGUACGUGUAAAUAAUGCGAUAACAUGUCGAUACCACAGCCUACUUCACGCAGUCGAGCAUUGCUCAGUUGUUCAGUGAAACAGGGUGUUUCAAGCUGGCAAAGGCAAUGACCCACUGUGUGGAGUAGUUUCAUCAUGUCAAUAGUUAGACUAAAAAAAAUAAAAUGUACAUGAGAUUCAUUACGCUUGCGUAACAUCAUAUUUUUCACGCACAGUUAAAUUAGCGGCCGAAUUUGUAAUCGGCUUUUUGUAAAGUUUUUGCUCAAAGACAAUGUUGGGUGUAUUCAAGUGGACAGUUAAAGUCGAUUGAUAAGUUAUUGUUGCAUAAUAAAGAGGUACACGUUUACAUUUACGCCUAAUAAUGAUAGUGCAAAAAGUAAAUAGACUAGCGUAAUUAUCGAUAUUUGUAAGGCGUUAAUGUAAACGUGAGUAAAGCAUGCUUCCUCGUUUGCCCUGACCCGGUCAGCGGCAGAAUAGCUUGUGAUACCAAGCUAAAAUGUACAAAUGGACUAAACGCUAAUGUUGUAUGCAAAUAAGUUGUCAGUGAGUGUGUCGCAGUGAGAUAUUAUCGCGUUAUUCAGACGUAUCGUGGAGAGUGACGGCGCUGGAGUAUACUGUGUACUAGCAUACGUUCGAUGCAUGGUCCCAGCUGGUCUAUAAGCAUUUGAUCGCAUUUGUUUGUACCCACGCGGCCGCGGCCCGAGCGCAUGCAUUCGAACUGUUAUUUUUAAGUAAUCAACAAAAGGACUGUAGAAUUCUAUCAUCACACUUUAUUAACGAGAAAACGGAUGUCUUCGUGUUUCUUUUUUUUUACUUUGAAAAUGUACAAAAUCAUCCUUUCAUUUGAAUAUUUUUUUUAAAUAGAGUUUAAGUGACGAAUUUGUACAUGAACAUGAAAGAACACCAUGAUAUAAAAUUUAGAACCGAAACGCAAUAGAGGGGCAUCGCCCCGCCCUGCACCCGUUUGACAAUCGUGAGAAUUGGUAUUUAAAAAUUAGUAUUUACUUACAUUUAGUUUAAUGACAAAAACAAUGUGUAUAUUUUAUGAGAAAGUGAAAAGUUCUUAAAUAAAACUAUUGUUUUCGGAUUAAUUA